AUGUAUCCCAACGCUGUGCGAAUUGAAGAAUACAACAAAAUCUUCGAUUUUCUGGAUGCCCAGUCUCUCUUUCGCCUCGAGCCAGAUCCCAGGCAAUGGAAAUUUCUGCCAGCGGAUGUUCUCUACCAAUCCUUUGUUCUGCAGGCCGAAUUUUGGUGUUCCACACCUUAUGUCCUCGCCGUCGUCCUAAGGAACGAACCCAUGGAGCGCUUAUAUCUUGUCAGACGGCUGGCUAUCUCCUUCGACGGCUGCGACGCACCAAUUAACCAUUCGCCUUACCUUGACUGGCUCCUCAACAACCUUCCGAACCUCGAAUCCGUCCAAUUUCGGGACUCAACACGCUCGUUUGCAGACGAUUACUUGACAUUCUUUCACGGAAAACUUCCCGAGCCUAUCAUGUCCGACCACAACGCUCAUUGCCGACGGGCCUCGCUCAAGGAACUAAUUUGGAAGAGCUCGAUUCGCAUGAUGGAUUCGUUCGUUCGGUUCCUGCAUACUCAACCAGAGAUAACCCGUCUGGAAUUCAACAGUCUCUACCCACCCUCCGCGGACAUUACCUUUCACCCAGGUGCUCUCCCGAACCUCCAAGUCUUGCACUGUACAUCGUGUUUCAGCACUCUGCUCUUGCCUGGCCGCCCUAUCUCGCAUCUGCAGGUUUCAAUGUCCUUGCUUGCGAACAGCGACACUGCUUUGUUCCCUUCAUGUGAUGAUACGGACUCGGUCCAAGUUCUAUCUGUUGGCCUGGACCAGUAUUCUAUUGAUGUUUUCUACGAGUUUAUCUCCCACUUCAGGAACCUGAAGACUCUCACAGUAGUUGCUCCUCACAUCCUCAACCUAGAAAGGGUCUACCGUUUGAUCGCCGUGAUCUCAAUCGCCUCGCCUAACAUCGAAUUUAUCCGCCUCUGUGGUCCCCUUGUCCCGCAAACAUCCUUCCCUUCGCUCCGCAUCUUCGGCCCCCUAGACUCCCUCCUCGCCUUCGAAUACCUCUUCGAUGAGUCCAGGGGCAUUUUCUGCCGCGUGUUCCGCGGUAACGUCUUCCACGAGCCGCCCCCGAUCUUCGUGAAGUGGACAUGCGGGUUGCAUAAUGAGUGGCUUGGGAACUGGAAGACUGAUGCGCAGCAGGUGGAGGUGGAUGCCAGGCAUUUUGCAGAUGUCGGGUCUGCUGCGCGCGGGUGCGCUGGUGCGCCCUCGGUGUUUUGA